AUGCGGCAUUUUGCAACCUGUGCGCGGCGUUGGUGGCCGGAACCGGAAAAAGAAAAGAGCGCCGAAAAGAAAAAGAGGGCCAAAUUGCGCCGAACAAAAAUGAUGUCAUGUGACUUGGGUCACGCGCGUGUCUCCCCACACUCCGAAACGCUCCUUCUCGGCAACAUCAUGACGUACCAAUUGAAAAGCAGCAAAGACGUUUCUGUUCUCGGAAAAUUGUACGAGCUCUGUGGCACGGAAUGGGCAGGACCUAUUAGUGCCCAGCAAUUUGGCUCUGCAGUGGCCGAAGCGUAUAAAUACACGGACCAGCCGGAAGGAUUUUGGUUUGAAGAUGAAACCGGAAAUGUCAUUUGUACCGCCACCGUAAAGCAUAUUCCGGGAUUAUUUAAAGCUCCUGACAAGUCAAAUGCAAUUUCCUCGGUUCCCGACCCGGGAGUGUUUGGAGUUCGGCUGGUAACUCUUCUUCAUUUUGGAUAUGUUUUCACCGCCAAGGAGUAUAGAGGCAAAGGUUUAGCAUCGCAAAUGAUCACACAGGUCAUUGAGCAUGUGGAGAAUGAUAUAAUUGACCAUCACGUGCGCUCUAGCGACGACAAGAACGACAGUUUCAAGAAUAUGGCGGUUACCGAUGGCGAGGUGGACCGGCAAUUGGCCAACUAUUACUUGGGUAAGGAAUACUUUUGGGUGUUAUAUUCGGGCGCAGGCACAUUCUACGAGAAAUUCGGGUUCAAGAGCUACCCAUUGGACUAUUAUGACAUUCCUACAUCGAUUAUUGAUGAGGGUCAAAGACUGUUACUUCACGGAUUGAUGUUUGGCGAAGACGAUGCUAGGGUUGUUGGUAAGAAACUUCGUAUGCUUCAUCAGUCGAACCCCCAGGAUGUCGAGUUGGUUCAGUUUAUUCUCCAGAACAAAGAAUUGGAAAUUGUUACCGAGUUGAACAAAAUGCUGUUCCACUCUGAAUUGGCUGGUAAUCAUAAAUCGUCUUCCUCGUUAACAAAUAUGACCAAUGUGUUGCAAAUGUCUAAGAUUGGUCUGCACCCAGCGUUGUCGUCGAUUACAGAGAUGUCCACUGCCGGCACUGGCCAUCAAGCACCCAGUUCUGGUCAGCGGAGAAGAUCGUCAAUUGUGCAACAAUCUGUACCAAAAGUUGCCUUGAAACCCGAAUUGAAUAACAUUCAACACUUGUGGACUUUGUCAUCUCAUGCUGCUGAAAUAAGUGGAGACGAAGAGGUUAUCAAAUUUGACGAUAUGAUGGGUGCCAUCUUCACUAAUGAACUUCAACAAAAGUCCCAUUAUGUGAUUUGGUCCACCAUUAAACAAUCACAAUUGGUGAUCUUGGCGAUGGGAGAGCUCAAGUUUGAUCAUUUCGGGGCUCUUGGUGGUACUCAUGGUCGUCGUGGAUCAUCCUUUACUGGACUAAAUGAUUUGGGAGGCUACAAUUUCCAAGACUUGGAUAUCUUGAUUAGUGUGGCUUGUAUUGUUGCCCAUAAGCGGAAAUUGUCCGAACUGAGCCACAUCCUUGCCUCCGUCAACGAUCUUCCCGCUGGGUAUCCUGCGCCUGUUCUUCAUGAUUAUUUUCUCAACUACUUGCCUAAAGCCUUUGAAAAUGUUCAUGGAGCUGAAGAUGAUGCUGAUGCCUCAAAACAAGUGAGAUUCAUUACAGAUGCAGCCAACGAGAUCAAGAUCCUUCCUAUGAUGCGGCGGUUUGGUAAAACGUCUCCGAAAUUUGACUUAGACUGGGUUUCGAGCGGUAUGUGGUCAUGGUCGUGA